CCCUGCAGUGUAACCGCGACUCCCGCGCACGACGCACGCUCGAUCGACUCGCGAAACUUCGAAAUUUAAAUAUUGUUGUGACAGUGGUGCUUUUUGACGGAUUUUAUUUGACACUGGGACCAGUGGGACUUUUUAUUUUUAAAAGAGCCAAUGUCCAUCUAAAAUGUCGUCAGCAGGCGCCGUCCUCCUGGAGGCGCGGCCGUUCAGGCCGUUUAAGUCCUCCGAGGAGUACCUCUACGCCAUGAAAGAGGAUUUGGCUGAGUGGCUGACCAUCCUCUACCCCGAACUCAGGAUCAAUGCUGACAAUUUCUUGGAUAGAUUGGAUACUGGCGUCGCUUUGUGUCGGCACGCCAACGCCGUCCGCGAAUCAGCCCGCCUGAUCCUCGACUCUCCAGCCCCUGAAUCCGAAGACGCCCUCACCCUGGCCAGGGCCCUCCGCUCCAGACCCCCCGUCAACAUGCUGCCUGCCGCCAAAGCAGGCACCUUCUUCGCCAGAGACAACCUAUCAAACUUUAUAGAUUGGUGCAGGAGAGCUCUUGGAAUUUUGGAGUGUCUUCUCUUUGAAACUGACGAUUUAUGUCUCAGAAAAAACGAGAAGCAUGUAGUCUUAUGUCUCUUGGAAGUAGCGAGGAAAGGGGCGGUUUUAGGAAUGCCGGCUCCGCUGCUAGUUCAAAUGGAGAAGCAGAUAGAGAGAGAAUUAGCUGGAGAAGAGCUUAGACCUGAUGAUAAUGCGUUGGGAUUGGUUCCAGUUGGUCCGCAGCCGCAGCUGGUGACGAAUGACUUGAGGAGUUUGGAUGAGAGGGUGAGGGACUUGGUGGAGAGGUGCUCGUGUCCAACGCAGUUCCCGAUGGUGAGGGUGUCGGAGGGGAAGUACAGGAUUGGGGACACGAGGCUGCUGAUCUUUGUCAGGAUCCUCCGCUCUCACGUGAUGGUCCGCGUCGGCGGUGGCUGGGACACCCUGGCCCACUACCUGGACAAGCACGACCCGUGCCGCUGCCGGGCCCAGCACCGCACCUCCCUCUCGGCCCGCCUCGCCCGCCCCAAGCAGGACCUCGCCGGCGCCACCGUCACCUACGAACGACCAGACCCUUACCAACAGAAAGAACCUACUUCUCUACAGUACUCCAAAUUCUACAUCGACGACUCCAGAGCACACUAUCAGAGUAACAGCAGACUUGAUGCUCCGACAAGCUUACCUUAUCUAGGAGAGCUAGAAAGAGCUGCAUCUCCAAGCAGAAAACACUUAACUCCACGCGCGAACAGCCCAGGCCGAAAAUCCUCCUCACCAGAUCGGAGGACAAAGAUUGUAGUAUCUAAUCAUUUGGUACCAACUCCUCAUGCUGUAAGAAACAAGAGUCCAAGACCGGUCUCUCCAGCGCCGGCGGCUGAGAGCGCGUCUGAUAAUGGGUCUGAGGUGUCGGAUGAGGGGUAUAGGAGUCUGGGAGUGGUGGCUGGAUCGACGCAGGGAUCGCCUUCGACUAAAACGACUAAUCGAUAUUCCAUGCACAGCCAGAAUUCGUAUGAUGACGCUGAAUAUAGUGAGCGUCUCGACCAAGACGACGGCUGUCACAUGGACCGCGACCGUGUCGACGACUACGUCAGCCUAAACACCGGCCUGCGCAAGACCGGCUACGCUGACACCUUCUACAGAGGCAAGAAACCCUCCUCCAUCGAGGACAAGUCCAACAGGACCAGCCCCGAGCGCAUUGUUGUCGUAGAAAGCAACAAUUCACCAAGCAUGAGCCUCCGAGCUAGCAGAGACGUCGAACCGAAGAAAGCGCUCCGCAGCCGACCACCCAGCAGGAUCCCUCAUUCACCCGUCCGCGCCAGGACACCCAGCCGCGGCAACACCCCCAGCCGCGGCAACACCCCCAGCCCUAAACACACAGCCAAUAUACAGACUUCACCUAAACUGACUCCAAAGUUACCGCCAACAGCUAGAAACACUUGGAGUGGACGCACUGCCCCUAAUCAAGCCAAGUCUAAAGCCAGACCGACUAUCGGCACUGAUACCUUUGAUAAUCCUAACAAAUCUCCCAAAGCGAGACCUAAGGCCGCUCCUCAGAAUGAAGCAUUCAAGAGAAACUCCCCUCUUAGAGCUAGCAGCGUUACUCUCCGCUCUCCACCGAAUCAAAAGCCUCUAAGUCCAUUACUAGAACACAUCUUAAGGUCUACGGAAACUGCUAAAGAUGAUGCCGCAGUUUUGGAAAAGAUGAAAGAGAUUAUCAGAACGUAUUCAAAAGGAGAAGAUUCUUUAUCCAGGACUAGUUCUAAAGACUCAGAUUACGCUGAUUUCACUUCAGCUUGGGUAAUGUCUGAUGGGAAACUGGAGAGGUCGACUAGUACGAGGCAGUUGGCUGCUCCGAGGAAGGAUCCCAGGAACGGAGCCUCCAGGAUCCCAGCUCCUGUGUCAAUAGGUUGCCGGAGGUCCACUUCUACUUCCCAGUUUCAAUGACAGGAGUCCCAGGAUAGUGAGCUCAGUGACAAAUAAAGACUGAAUGCCGGAGAAGGGUUGUGAUGGUUCAUGUCAAGUGAUAGAAAAAGUUCCGUUUUUGGCAAUAAUUAGAGUGUAUUUGGAAGACGAUUUCGAAGGUUUUCGAACGGCCUGGCAUAGUAGCUAUAAUUCAAGGCUCACGCCUGUUAUGUAUAUGAUAUAUCUUUUCUAUUUAUCGAAUAUAGCGUAGUCUAUCAGUUAUACUUAUCUUAUCUAUCCAUAUCUUUUAUGUGUAUUAGUUGUAUCAGUAAUGUUUAGAUAUUGUAGUGUUUUUGAAAAUUUUCUAAUGUCGUCUAAUUGCUGUUCAUCUUUACACUUAAAUAAAAUGUAGUAAAUUUACACUAACAUAAAAGUAACACCAUAGUUUAUUGAAAGAAGUAAGGCUUCUUGAAAAACGGUUC